UAAAAAUAAUAUGUAAAUGGUAAGUCUGGUCUAUUUAAACAUUCCUUCAUAUUCCCAUUCCUCAUUCUAUCUUGGCACAAAACAAGAAAACAGUCAAACACAAAAUGGUGUUGUCGAACGAACAAAGCCCGAUAUACGACAUCAAGAUUUCAACGGUUGGACCAGGACAUGUAUCCGGUCAAGGUGUGGUUCAAGAGCUAACCGGCAUGGACCUAGCCAUGAAGCUUCACUACAUCCGGACCGUUUACUAUUUCCAAAGCCAAGCAUUUGAAGGGUUAACCAUCAUCAACAUUAAGGAGACCAUCUUCUAUUGGAUGAACCACGCCUAUAUCCCUUGUGGGCGCUUUAGGAAGUCCGACUCUGGCCGGCCCUAUAUCAAGUGCAAUGAUUGUGGGGUGCGGUUUAUUGAGGCUAGCUGCAACAUGAGUCUAGAUGAGUGGCUCGAGUCAAGAGAUGAUGCAAGACAUAAGCUUCUUGUUCCUAGCCAAGUCCUUGGUCCGGACUUGCUUUAUUCUCCACCAGUUUUAAUGCAGUUAACCAAGUUUAAAGGCGGAGGGACAGCUGUUGGGGUGAGUUGGGCCCAUGUCUUAGGAGAUGCAUUCACAGCCGCGGCGUUUAUGAACCUGUGGGGACAAGCUAUAAGGAAACAAUACCCGGCCCAACCACUCCGUAUGGCCCAUUCAAACAAUGAAGCCCAAAAAUCCCAAAGCCCAAUAAAAGAACCGCUCGCUAUAAAACGGGUUGGGCCAGUCGGUGACCAUUGGGUCUCUUCGAAUGACACGAAAAUGGGAAGUUAUUCUUUCGAUGUUUCUUGGGCCGAGUUGACCCGCCUUCGGUCAAAGAUAUGUGGAGAUAAAGACAAUCAAAAGUUAUCGCCAUUCGAGUCGAUUUGCAUCGUGGUUUGGCAAUGUGUAGCCAAGAUUAAACAUGGGUCGGAUGUGAAGACGGUGACAAUUUGCCAAAAGGACCCGGAAAAUUCAUUCGUAGGGGUUAUUACAAACAAAGUCCAAACGGUUAAGGUGGUGAAAACAGACGUUUCUGUUGAGGAAUUGAGUCCAAUGGAACUCGGGUUGCUGAUUAUGAAUCAAGCCGUGGAUGAGACGAAGAUAAUCGAGGAAGCGAUGGAAUCAGACAUCGAAUUACCGGACUUUCUGGUAUAUGGAGCGAAUUUGACUUUUGUUGACUUGCAUGAAGCCCCGGUUUAUGAUUUGAAUAUAAGAGGACAUAAGCCCGUUUGUGUAAACUGUUCUAUUGAUAAUGUUGGAGAUGAAGGUGUCGUGUUGGUUUUUCCAUCACGGAAAGACCACUUUGAUGGAGUUACGGUUAGCAUCACCCUUCCGGAGAAUCACAUAUCGGAUCUUAGAUCGAUGCUUAAGAAAGAGUGGUCUCUUUGAUGACUUUUAAAAGGAGUGUGUUAGUGUUUGGUAUAAUUCUAGUGUGUGAUUGUGUAUCUUGCGGCCAAGUGUGUUAAUCAUUUCCGUUCGAGUUGUAAUAUGUAUUUACACAUUUCAAGUGUUCUUCUAAUAAACAUCAACCAUAACUAUAUCUUAAAUAAAGAUGUGUGGUUGUGUUUAGAUGUUAA